AGGAGCGGGGAGGGAGCAGUUGCUCCUGCUCCAAGAUGGCCGACGAGGAGAUGCCACUCCUCCAUUCCCGGAGCGGCGGCCGCCGCGGCAACAACAACAACAACGGCGGCGGGGGCGCGGCGGCGCCCGCUGACGCCGAGAGCCCCGAGCCCGCUCUCAAGCGUCAACGCCAGGCUCCGGCUGAGCCGAGCCGCGCGGCCGCGGCGGGAGCCGGCGGAGAGGCGGCCGCGGCGGCGCCUCUGCCGGGAAGGGCUGUCGAAGAGGCCCUGAAGGGGGACAGGGCGGUCCCCGACGCCUGGGUCAGCGGCGAGCCGGCCGAAGGGCCCGCGCCGGCGGGGGCAGGAGAAGGCUGGAGCUGCACGGGAAGCGGGGCCCCGUGGUGGGGCCUGGUCCGAGAGGAGCCGCCGCCGUCGCCGCACCAACGGCAGCUGCCGCGGGGGCAGAGCCAAGGGGAGGACGCGGAGGCGGGGCCCGCCGGAGAAGCAGCGGAGACGGCCAUUGGCUGCGGGCCGGCGCAGUCUUCGAACGGCGCGGCUGAGGCGGAGAGGGCGCCGCAAACCGAUAAUAUAUUUUUUAGUGAUGAAAUUAUUGCAAAUGGCUUCCAUUCUUGUGACAGUGAUGAAGAUGAUAGAACCUCUCAUGCAAGUUCCAGUGAUUGGACUCCAAGGCCACGGAUAGGUCCAUACACUUUUGUCCAACAACAUCUCAUGAUAGGCACGGAUCCACGUGCAAUUCUGAAAGACCUAUUACCAGAAACAAUUCCUCCUCCCGAAUUGGAUAAUAUGACAUUAUGGCAAAUUGUCGUUACUAUUUUCACAAACCCACGUAUACCCAAUCUACCUCAACUUGAGGUUCAGUGUUCCUUCGCAACAGCUUCUUGCCUCAUCUGUAAAUACAAGGUCGAUUGUGAAGUUGUACGAGGAGAUAUUUUUAAUCAGGUUGUUCCUAGAUGUCCCAGAUGUUCACCUGAUGAACCCCUUGCUAUCAUGAAGCCAGAAAUAGUAUUCUUUGGUGAAAAUCUACCGGAGCAGUUUCAUAGGGCCAUGAAAUAUGACAAAGAUGAAGUUGACCUUCUGAUUGUUAUUGGGUCUUCACUUAAAGUAAGACCAGUAGCAUUGAUUCCAAGUUCCAUCCCACAUGAAGUGCCUCAGAUUCUAAUUAAUAGGGAACCAUUGCCUCAUCUACACUUUGAUGUCGAGCUUCUUGGUGACUGUGAUGUUAUUAUCAAUGAAUUAUGUCAUAGAUUGGGUGGAGAAUAUUCAAAACUUUGUAAUAGUUCCAUUCAGCUUUCAGAAAUAACAGAGAAACCUCCACGGCCUCACAGAGAGUUUGAAAAACAUUUAACAGAAUUACCACCCACUCCUUUAAACAUUUCUGAAUCUUCUAGUUCAUCUGACAGAAUUCCAUCACAAGAUUCUCAAGUGAUGCAUUCAGAGCAUUCUGAUCAAUAUAAAGCAGGAAAUUCUGAUGUUGCUUUGGAAUCUAAAGAAAACUCUAUAGAAGAAAAACCACUAGAAGUCCAUAACUCUUUGGAAAAUUCAGAAAGUACUCAUGAUCAGUUAGAAACUACAGAACAUGUGAAGGAACCUGGAUCUAAUCAAGAAGAAAACAAAGAAAGAAAUGAAAAAAUCUCUGUUGAAACAGUGAGAAAAUGUUGCUUGAAUAGAUGUGCAAAAGAGCAAAUUAGCAAGCGGCUUGAUGGUACUCAAUAUUUGUUUUCACCACCAAAUCGCUAUAUUUUCCAUGGUGCUGAAGUUUAUUCAGACUCUGAAGAUGAUGUCAUCUCCUCCAGCUCUUGUGGAAGUAGCAGCGGUAGUGGAUCAUGUCGGAGCCCAAGCUUAGAUGUAGAAGAAGAGAGUGAACUGGAAGACUAUUACAAUGGCAUAGAAGAAGAGGAGGAGGAGGAGGAAGAGGAGGCAGACACUCCUGACAGAGAAGAGGAGAAUGGAUUUGAGGAAGAUGGAACUGACCUUCCAGAAUCUGUUGACGAAUCAAUUUCUAUAAAUCAGACAGUAGAAUUUGACAGUUCAUCAGACAAGUUGUAAGAUAAUUACUGAUUUAUUUCAGGAACUUUUCCACCAGCAUUAGCAAUUUGGGCAUGUUGGAAUGAAUGUGUACUGAAUUCAGAACAAGGCAAACAACGGUGUUUAUAAACAUUAAGAGUAGAUUUUCAUGCAUAGUUUUCUAACUUUUCCAAUUGAAUUCUAUAAAGAUACACACAACACUAAUCUUUAUUGCAUUUUGAAUUUUGUGGAAGGUACUAAGUAUCUUUUACUGUCACUGCAUUCAUUUUUAUUAAUAUAUGUUAUAUGUGUAUGUGCAUAUUCGCAUAUAUACAAUAUUUUUGGCUUUAUAAAUUUCACCCUGUGUUAUUUCUGAACCAUUUAAAAAGCCAUCAUAAUAUUAAUAUAAUAUAAAGGGAACAGCUAAUCUAGACCAAAGAAUGGUAUUGUUCAUACCUCUCUUGCUUUGCAACAUUUCAAUUUAUUUAUGUCUCUCCUUAGUCUGCUGCUGCAAGAAUAUGUUGUUAAAUAUGAAGAUUUCCCCCAAAUACCUAUGGCAGCUAUGUUUUCUGAACUCUUCUUGUUGGGUAUACUUGCAUGCAAUCAUAUUAGAAGUUAAUUAGACAUCAGUGACCAUCUGAAAAUUCCUUAGAUUACCAGAAAAUAGCAUUUUAAAAACCUAUUUAAAUAAAUGAAAAUGCUAUUUUUUAAAAUAAAAGCUAAAAUAAAGCAACUUUCUGUAGAUACUUAAUAAUGCUUAUUGGCUUACAAAAUUACAGGAAGAAAGUAUUAGAUAAGAAAUCAUUAACCCUGUUAACAUGAGUAUUUAGUGCAGGAAGCUGGUAUAUGAAACAAUGUAUAAAAUCUUUGUGUACACUGCCAAGAUGUGAAUAUUUAAGUGUUGGAAGGUGUAUAUAUAAUGUUCAGGAUAUAGAUGGAAUUUUUGCCCAAGAACAAGUGUUUCUAUACUUUUCAGUACUUUUAUACAAACAUUUAAUGAGAGCUCCUCACGCAUCCAGUAAAACACAAAAUUCAAUUUCACCUUAACUUUAAAGUAUGCUGCUUAAAGGCGUCUCUGUUCAGGCGUCUCCUUGAUAGAUCGAUGUAGAAAAAGCAGCUACCGAAAUGAGUUCAAAUGCUGCUUCAAAACUGCCUCUUGAAAUAGUUGUGUCAAAUGUUACAGCUGUAGAUUGUCUCAAUCCUUUGUGCUUUGUUUGAUCGUAGGUUUUCAAUUUCUUCUUGAAACCACUUUUCAGCUGGACCCGUAGUUAAAACCAGUUGCCAAUAAUUCUUUUGCAUUUCUUUAAUAUUCCAUUUUGAAAUAUGUAUAGAGCUGUUCUUUUCAAACAGUCAGUACAUCCAAUUUGUAACACGGCAUAAUGAAGUGUUAAAAAUGGCAUUUUGUGUUCAUUUGAAAUGUUGGCAUGUUUUCUUGUUGUCCAAGUUAUAAAUAGAACUUGAACAACUACACUUAAAAGAAUGCAACAUGUUUAGCUUGGCCUGCAUGUCAAACUGUAUUUGUGUUAUAGGAGAUAUUUUAAAUGGAAAUAUUUUGUUUUAAAUUAUUUUUACAGUGUGGAUUAUUUUCUGCUUUUAUAUUGUAUAUAGUGUCUUUUAUGUAACCAACUGGCAGAUGUUUUGUAGAAGAUUGUUUAAAUUGACCUAGCUCUCUUCCUGCAACUUUUGAAAUACAAAACCAGUGUUUUAUACCAAGUCUGAUUUAAA